AAUGUUUAGUUGAUAGUUUUGACAAUCGAGCACGCACCUAGAAUUAUAAUUAUGGAACAAUUAUUGCAACAAUUAAACCUUUGCAAUGAGUUAAUAGAAGUCAAGGGCGAAAAGGGAAACAUUAAAUGGUUGAAUAGAUUUUGCGCAACAUUCCUAAAAUUUGCCAGUGAGUUUAAAAUCUAUCUACCAGAAGUGGCACCAAAAUAUACUACGGAAAGUAGCACGGAUCUUCAUGUGGAGACGAUUUUCCUAUGCCUCACUCAAGUGGUGACCUGCAUUACCCAUUUGGAGCGAAUCAUCAAUAUAGAGGAAGCAACAACAAGUUCAUAUCUAAUGACUCGCCAACAUUUCGUUGAUCGAAUCCUCUGGUGUAUACGCCGGCUGUUUGCCUCUCUUAACGAGUUAAUGGAAGACGAGACCACAUUGGAUUUGGAGGAUCUGACGUUCGUUGAAUUGAUGGAUCUGGCCCUGGAUCAGUUGGAGAGUCAUAGGGAGGAGAUGAAACCCAAUGGUACAUAUAGUAUUCUACCUGUGGAAGCAAAUGAGAAAAAGGACAAUUACGAAUUGAGCGAAUUGGCAAGUCAUAUAGUAAGACAUGCAUUGGCAUUUGCAAAUGUGGCACUGGAGCCUGAUAAAAGAGCUCUGACAACACUUUGCGAAACCCUCUUAAGUGAGUGUAAGGCAUUUAGGGAAAACGUUGAGGAUCAAACCCCUGAAGAACGUAAAUUAGAGGCACUGAACUUGGAGCGUGCUCUAUACAGUCUGGAAGGACUGCUAAAUGAGGCCUUACUACGUCUGGUUUGUCUCCUCGAUGUCGAAGAAACUUCAGUGAAAAAGUUGAAGCAAAUUUUAGGUGAAUGCAAUGAUAAUUCCACGGUGGACCAGCUAAUAUGCGAUUUUGACAUUAAAAUGGAUCGUAUUCAACAAAUCGGCGUAUUCGCUAUAGCCUUCUCCCAAGAUGUCAAGACCAAGACUAUUGUUCGCAGUUGUUUGGCUUCGUUGGAGUCACUGGAUGCUUGCAUUGUUCCAGCAUUUAAGCUACAGAGAUCAGCCACAUCUACAACCUUGCACCAUGCCAACAUUUUGGAGCAUCAUUUUAACGAGGAACUACGAAUAUUUUGGAACGUUUUGCAUGAAAUAAUCGACAGUCAAUCUCUUGUCAAUAACUAUUUGGAUAUGCUGGUGCAGAAAAUUCACGGAGCCACAACUAAGGAGCAUCACAAAGUCGUCCAGAUGGCAAAUGUGUUGCUCGAACACUUUGGACUUGCAGUCAAUUAUGACGCCCUCGAUGAGGUUGGCAAGCGAUUGUAUAACGACUUUCAACUAAUAUUACGAGAAUGUAAGGCCAUACUUAAGCACCCCAUAGCCAUAGAUCCGAAACGUAUUCUGAAGCGUUUCAAGAUUCUGUACUCGAUUUUGGCCAAAUUGCGUGAUGUCCUUGGCAAGUCAAAGGAUACUGAAGUGUUCAAUGGAAGUUGCCUAGAAUCAAAUCAAUCUGCUUCUAAGAGACAACGUUCCUUUUUCAAACCUCAUCAGAGUAGGCAGCAAAAUGUGACGACAACAUUAAAUUCUGCGAAUAAUGACAGCGAAUUAUUAAGUUUUCAACUAACCGAAAUUCUUAGAAUUGGUUGACUCUUGACUCUAGAGUCAGUAUAGAGAU